CGCAUUCGCUAUUCUCGGUAGUUAAAUACCGAAUAUGCAAUAUCAUACACAUCGUUAUCGACUGAAUCAGGCCAGCCCCGAUCGCAAUGAGGUCGAAAAGCGGUCGGAGGGUCGGUGGCCGUCUGCAUAUCCCCCCCCAGCCUGCAACCGCUGCCGCCAGUAUAAGAAGAAAUGUAGCAAGGCUCUGCCCUCCUGCAAGACAUGUACCGAUGCAGGUCGGAAGUGCUCGUACUUCACUUCGGAUAGGCUAGCUGCUGCGUCGCCAGAAGUUCUCCAUGCACGGAUACAAUGGCUCUCGCAGUAUAUUGAAGACAAUAUACCUGGCGCGACCGUGGGCAAGAAUGCGCUUCCUAAACUGGAAGAAACCUCCCCAACUGGGAAUACGGAUCGAGAGGGCAUGGAGUCGCCAAUCUACCUUGCGGAGGAGUCCGAUGAUACAGCUGAGAACACAAAUUCUCUUCUUACUAAUGGACCUGAUAGGGGAAACCCGAAACAGGGAGGGUCAGUGAUUAUUUGGAGGUCGACUGAAACCGAAAAGCUACCCUCACUCGCCUGUCUCAAUGCUUACUUUAAUCAUGUCCAUCGGGCGUACCCAUUCGUUGAUAAAACCCGGAUCAUGCAAGCGCAGAGUGUGAAUCCGGACAUCCUGCUGAUAGGGAAUGAUGCGGACUCUCUGAUGCUUUACCUUAUUCAUGCUAUUGGGCGAACGACCCUCGAACGAGCAGGAAAGAUCACUCCGCGAAUCGGAGAAGAUCUUAAAAUGCCUUAUUCGAUCAUUCUACAAUAUUGUACGGAGAAUGAAAGCUUGGAUUCAGUCCAGAUCCUCGUACUGUUGACGUUGUAUUCACUAUUUGAUCCUCACGGACCUUACCCAUGGACAAUUGUUGGAAUGCUGACCAGACAAGCUAUGGCACAAGGCUUGACACUGCAGCGCCCAGCAACUGCGAACCUGGUGCCUGUGCCAGCUUCAGACGAGCUAUCAAAUCGGCUUUUUUGGAGUGUCUAUGUACUUGAUCGGAUGCUCGCGGCAUCAGUCGGACAGCCUUCUGGGCUGUUUGUGCCGGAAACCCACGUCCGUUUACCAGCAGUGACAGUGGACGAGUUUGCUUCAGCCCAACGAGCCAAAAUUUCGAGCAUGUUGCUAGUCACACGCCAUGUUAUCCAGCUCCGCCGCCUCGAGAGCAAGAUAACAGAUGCAGUAUUUCUAUGUCCGCGUGGAAACGUGCGGUCCCUGACUCCCUUCGAUCGCAACGUUAUCCUCAGCGAGCUUCAUUACGAGGUGGAUAACUGGUACAGUGAUGGGUGUCUAAUAUCUCGGCCAGAAGCCAGUAAUGUUAGAAUACACGACACUAUGGCCUGGCUCAACGCACGGUAUUAUCAACUACUGAUGAUGCUGUACUACCCGACACCGUUCAGCCAACCACUGCGACCGGCUGCUCACGAGCACCUUCUCAACAUUGUUCAGAAGUAUAUCCAUUACAGUCAUGUCCUCUUUGAGCUAGGCCAACUGCCCCUUAACUAUAUAACACUGACCCGGUUCGUCCCGGCUUGUCUCGUCCUUCUCUAUUGCUUUGGUCAUACGACGGCCAUGGUGUUCCCGGCCAAGCAAGAAAUCCAAAGCUGCACAGUUAUCCUUCAGAGCUUCCCUAGUGGCUGGACACAUGCUACUUCUAUCAUGCAGAUUAUGACGGACUUUGCGGCCUUAGUCUCUACGUACGAAAGCCGGUCGGCAAGCUCCCUGGUGACAUUACAAGCAAUGCCCACUAUGGGACAUGGAGCUCAGCCACCCUGUUACCCUUGGCUUGUAGCGUUAAGAACACGGCUUGUUGAGAUAGGUGGACUCAUCAUGGGGAAGGCAUAUUGCUAUCAAUAUAUAGAAGGCUGGGACACAGAGGCAGCGGGCUCUUGUUCCCCAGCGCACACUUCGUCAUCCGCCGAUGCUGCCGUGACCAGACAUAUUGCGGCCUUGACUUCACCGUCCAAUGGGGGAAUGGGAUGGGACUUCCUAUGA